GGGCCGAUAGCACUCAGAUCCACGAGGAAGUUUUCUUACCAGCAGUUCCUCUAAGAUAGAAGAGAGAUCGGGCCAGAGAUCACUGGGAAGUCAGUGACCAUGACAACUUCUUCCACCCAACUGCCAGCCCUUGACUCUAUGAACUCCACCCAGCAACCCAAUUCCAGCAUCUACUUGUUCUCCAAGUUCAUCCACCAUGACAAAGAACUGUACACAGAAUUUUACAGCCUGUGGAUUGCCCUGAUGAUAGUCAAUGCCAUAAUUUUCCUGGUGGGUGUUGUGCUGAACAGCUUGGCGCUGUACGUCUUCUGCUUCCGUACCAAGACAAAAACCACCUCUGUUAUUUACACCAUCAACUUGAUUGUUACUGAUCUCUUGGUGGGCUUUUCCUUGCCUGUCCGGAUCAUCAUGUUCUAUAGUGCAGGGGACUGCCUGAAUUGUUCCUUGGUUCAUAUCUUUGGCUACUUUGUCAACAUGUACUGCAGUAUCCUCUUCUUGACAUGCAUCUGCGUUGACCGCUAUCUGGCAAUUGUACAGGUGGAGGCCUCACGUAAAUGGAGGAACCCCACCUGUGCCAAAGGGAUCUGCGUCUUCAUUUGGAUGUUUGCCACUGUGGUGACUUUCUCCAUCCUGACCAUGGCAAUACAGUUUGCUGAGUGCUGCCUUUCCAAGAUUCUGGUCCUGAUGGUCUGUGAGUACUUCUUCCCCCUCAUCAUAAUCAUCUUCUUCACCACCAGGAUUAUGUGUGCUCUGUCCAAGCCCAGCCUUAUGCACCAGAGUCGGGAGAGGAGAAUGAGGGCUGUGCAACUCCUUAUCACUGUCCUCAUCAUCUUCAUGAUCUGCUUCACUCCUUUUCAUGUGCGACAGGUAGCAAUCUCCGUCAACCCAGGCAUGCCCCAUGAUGUCAGCCUGAUCGUCUACCAUGUGACAGUGACUCUGAGUAGCCUCAACAGCUGCAUGGACCCCAUUGUCUACUGCUUUGUGACCAACAACUUUCAGUCAACCAUGAAAAACAUCUUCAGGAAAACCGAGCCAGAGCAAACCAGUGUAGACAUCCUGGGUAUGAACAAGAACUCCAAGGGCUCCAAUGCAAUCAUUGCCUUCUCAAACACAAUAGGAAGCCCUGUGAGCUUGCCAUCACCAAGCAGUGUCCAGAUAUAA